GCACUAUUAUAUUCCUUAUAAAGUAUUCAGUAGGUUAGGUAUAGCCCAUCCUCCAGUGGAACCUUUUACUGGUAACGUUAAUGGAAUACUGAGACUGGGUAUUAUUGAGUUUUUUAUACAUAAAUAUGGCAAAGCAUGAUGGGCCAACUUCUCAAACCAAAGAAGACGGAAAUCACUGACAAGCUACGCAAAGAAAUCAACAAGGUUGUUAAUCGUUACAUUGAUCAAGGAGUGGCAGAGCUCAUCCCUGGGGUAUUAUUCAUUGAUGAAGUCCACAUGCUUGAUAUCGAGUGCUUCACAUACUUACAUCAUGUGUUGGAGUCUUCACUAGCUCCCAUCGUCAUAUUCGCUACUAAUCGUGGGAACUGUCAAGUGAAAGGUACUGAUCUAUCAGCUCCUCAUGGCAUGCCGAGGGAUCUACUGGACCGCAUUAUGAUAAUACGUACACUGCCUUACUCUCAAAGCGAGACGGUUCAAAUACUCCGUAUCCAUUUGCAGACCGAGGGUAUUCAAAUUAAUGACGAGUCUUUGAAUAUUCUCGGUGAUAUUGGGGUGAAGACGACUCUUCGUUAUGCUGUACAGCUCUUAACACCUGCUAGUAUACUAGCUCGUAUUAAUGGGCGUGACUCCAUUGCUCCAGAGGAUGUUCAGGAGAUUAAUGAGUUGUUCUUUGAUGCAAAGUCUUCGGCAAAGAUGCUGGCAGAGCAAGAGGACAAGUACAUGAAAUAAAGUGAAGGAGUUACUGGUAACUGAUCAUUGCAUUCACUUAUGUACAUAACUUUAGACAUACUGUACAUGUACAUGUA